AUGGGUGUCACUGGUUUGGUGUUGGUGUUGUCUUUGUCGGUUAUGGUGGUAUCCAGCAAAGACUGGAUCGUUGGCGAUGGGAAGGGAUGGACCUUCGGUGUAUCUGGUUGGGAAAAGGGUAAGAUAUUUGUUAGAGAUGACUACCUCAUCUUCAACUAUAAACCAAAGAUGCACAAUGUUUUGGAGGUUGCCACAUCCGAGUACAAGGCGUGCGACAUCAACGCCAUCCCCUCUAGAAACUUUACCUCGGGACAUGACCGUGUCCAGCUCGUUGGUGUUGUGGCCUCCUACAUAUGCGGCACUCCCGGACACUGCGGUAGGGGUAUGAAGAUCCACAUGGCCAUCGAAGAUAAGGAAUGA